AAGUUCUAAUCCCAUUUUUAACAUCAUUAGCUCAUUACUUAGCUGCUCUUUCUUCUUCUUCUUCUUCUUCUUCCUCGCACCACUACACUACUCCCCGCAUUGCAUUCCGAUCGUUUCCCUCAACUACAUAUUUGUUUAUUGAGGAGAGAGAGAGAGAGAGAUAGAUAGAGAGAGAGAGAGGAAACGUUUUUUGUACGAGAAGAAAUGGCGGCGUUUUGAAGUCGGAUCUCUUUCGAAGUUUGCGUCUAGGGAAAAGCAGGAUUGCUCUUUUAUAAGGUGAAAUAUUUUCAGCAUGAGGGAAACUGAACGGAAGCAAGUUCAAAAGACUAAUCAAAUAAAGCGUGCUUCAAAGCCUGAUAAAAAAGGUCAGAAACCACAAGAGAAGAAUGGUGGCAGAAUCUUGAAAGGGAAAGAAACAGAUAUUAAAGCCACAUCUCCUACAAACUCCCGUACUUUAGUAAGUGAUCCAAACACGGGCCCUGAACCCCCUGAAGUUUAUGAAAAUAUGGUUAUACACUAUGUGGAUGAUGCCAAUAGAUCUGGUGAUACAAUUCAAGAUUCAAAAACAGUUAAAAUGGUUGAGAAGGAGAGUAAGAAUAAACUAGAGGGUUAUUCACGUGAACAGGGAAAUGAUUCAAAGGAGGAAGUGGAAGAGGAAUCUGAUCCUGAGACAGUUAACGAUUCAGUAUCAUCUCAAGGAGAUCCACAAACUGUAGAAGACGAAAAACUAGAAAGAGCUUCAAGAAUUUCCAGAAAUGGAUCCUCUGACAGCUCUUCGCAUGCAUUGCGUGCAAAUUCUGAUAACGGUGUGCAGAUAAAGACAUCAAAAAGUGCACCUAAGAACACUACUAAGCCCACAAAAGGUCCAUCUAAAGUGACAACAAAAAGUGCACCUAAAAAUAUGAAAGUCCAUCCAAAAGCAAUAUCAGAAUCCUCAGAAGAACUGGAUGAUAUACCUCUUGAAGAGGUUAAGCAAACAACAGAUGAAGCUUCAAGCAGUGCCCAAAGUUUUGGAAGUGAUGAUGAAACCGUCAACACUGCAGAACAUUUUGAUCAUGAAGACAGGGCAGCUUUAGAGCAACAAGUCCAGGAAAUGGAAUCAAGGAUUGAGAAACUUGAGGAGGAGCUGAGAGAAGUUGCUGCUCUUGAAGUUGCACUUUAUUCUGUGGUACCUGAGCAUGGAAAUUCAGCGCAUAAGGUGCACACACCAGCAAGGCGCCUUUCCAGACUCUAUAUUCAUGCUUGCAAAUACUGGUCUCAAGACAAGCGAGCUACAGUUGCUAGAAAUGUUGUUUCAGGCCUUGUUCUGGUUUCCAAGUCAUGUGGUAAUGAUGUUCCAAGGUUGACAUUUUGGCUAUCCAAUGCUGUCGUUCUGAGGGAAAUCAUCUCACAAUCAUUUGGAAGUUCUUGUAGCUCAAGUUCUCUUACGAAAAUACUUGAGUCCUCUGGAGGAAAGAAGGGUGAUGGGAAACGCCUGUCACUCAAGCCGAGCAGUAAUGGUGUAUUGCAUUUUGUUGAUAAUUGGCAAGAAUCAAGAACUUUUACGGCUGCCUUAGAGAGGGUGGAGUCAUGGAUUUUUUCUCGGAUAGUUGAGUCAAUAUGGUGGCAGGCCUUUACUCCAAAUAUGCAACCUCCCAUUGACAAUCCAUCAAUUGGCAAGGCCGUGGUGAGAUUAUCUGGACCUGCUUUGGGUGACCAACAGCAAGGCCGCUUCUCAAUUGAUCUAUGGAACAAUGCUUUCCGAGAUGCUUUUAAUAGAUUAUGUCCUGUUCGUGCUGGUGGGCAUGAAUGUGGUUGCUUGCCUGUGUUGGCAAGAAGGGUCAUGAAACAAUGUGUUGCCAGACUAGAUGUGGCAAUGUUCAAUGCUAUUCUUCGUGAGUCAGCUCAUGAGAUCCCGACUGAUCCUGUAUCUGACCCAAUAGUUGACUCAAAAGUUUUGCCUAUCCCAGCAGGGGAUUUGAGUUUUGGAUCUGGUGCUCAACUAAAAAAUUCUGUUGGCAAUUGGUCAAGAUGGCUAAAUGAAUCAUUUGGCAUGGCUCUUGAUGAUUGUGCAGAAGAUGGCCAUGGCAACUCUGAGAAUGAUGAUCGACCACAUGGGAGUGAAAAAAAUCAUUUCAAUCUUCUCAAUGCCUUGAGUGACCUUCUAAUGCUUCCAAAAGACAUGCUUAUGGACCGAACAAUCAGAAUGGAGGUUUGUCCAUCAAUCCAUCUUUCAUUGGUCAAGAGAAUACUAUGCAAUUUCUCUCCAGAUGAGUUCUGCCCCGAUCCUGUCCCAGGCACUGUAUUAGAGGCACUUAAUGCCGAGUGUAUCAUAGAGCGGAGAUUAUCGUUGGCUGAAUCAACGAGCAGUUUCCCUUAUCCUGCUGCUCCGGUUGUAUAUACUCCACCUUCCUCUGCCAAUAUUGCAGAAAAAGUUGCAGAGGUGGACAGAAAAUCCCAGUUUUCUCGAACCCCUUCUUCUAUACAGAGGAAGGGAUACACAAGUGACGAAGAACUGGAUGAAAUAGAUUCUCCUCUCGCAUCCAUAGUCGACAAGACAUCAUCUGCACAGUCUGAGAAUGGAAAUGGAAACAUCAAAGACAACGAAAAUAAAGGUAGUUUGGGAUCCAAUGCAAGAUACGAACUCCUCCGGGAGGUUUGGAGAGCAACAACAUAGGUAAUAAGGUGGAUGAAUGUUUCUGGGUUUGGUUGUGUUUGAAUUGCUGGAAUGCAUGGUAAAUAGAGGAGAAGUCCAAACUUUACAGAACAUUAAACUAUGAUCAGUGUUCCUAGGUUAGAUGGAGCAUCCUUACUUUUGUGUUUUUUUGUUCCCUUUUAAGGCGGGUAUAUGUGAAUGAAAUAUAGUAACCAAAGUUAUGACACUUGAAUACAAAGCAUUGCACUGUUUUGUGCAAUAUUUACUGUACUUGUAUUGUACAAAUGUACAAUAAUAGAUUAUUACAUCACCAAAGUAACAUCGACUCUUUUCUUUUGAAA